CCCACGGCAGUGGGAGGCGACCCGAGCCCGCCAGCGGCUGCACUGAGGGCCAGCGCUGUGUGACCAGUCCGGUGGCCUUCAGUGACGGGGGCCCUGACCAAUGCCACCCGCCUGGGCUGCUGUGACUCCUCUGGCACGGUCCCACAUGGCAUCGUCACCUCCGAACUGGGCCAGGCAGGGCCUCCGGGAACCCACAGGGGCCGUGAGGCCUGCAGGGCACCGAGGCUGCAGAGAUCUGGGGGGAUCUGGGGCUCUGGGGCACGGUGCAGAGCCCCCUCAUAUCUAUAAGGCCCCUUGUAUCGUAUAAGAAUCAGAACCAGGACUGGGACCAGGGUCCAGACCAGAACCAUCUUUAGGACUAGGAGCAGCACCAUGGAGGUAAACAUAGACCAGGACUAAGACUGGGACAACAGCUGGGACCAGAACCAGAACCAGGACAGGAUAACAGCUGGGACUGGGACAGAGACCACAGGACACCACAGUCAGGACCAACACAGAGAACACAUCCAGACCCAGCACUGGGGCUGGGAACAAGGCCAGGACCAGACCCAGGAGAGGCACCAAGAAUGAUUGUGGACCAGGCCCACUUGGGGAGGCUUUCUGUGCUGGAAGGGCAUGGCUCUGGUGAUGUGCCACGUCUGGGGGUUGUGCAUCAGCUCAGCCUGGUGUGGAUGUGCAGGAGAACAUCCCCCAGCUGCUGCUGCACCUGCACCCAGGGGCACCUCUCUGGCACCCAGCCCUGGGCUCCCAGUGUUAUAAAUGACAAUAUAAUUUCACAUUUAUGUAUCAGCUUUGGCAGGCUGUUAUUAAUCACAAGUAUUUUGAUAUGGUACAAUUUAUAAGUCCUUCUAACUGCUGGUUAAAAUAAUCUUAUCAGUUUAAGUACAGCUUAUAUAAAUAGUGUUGUGAUGAAUUUAUUGUAGGCCUUAGCAAAAUAUGGGAUGUUAAAAAUGCCUUUAGCUCAAGGAGUGGUGCAAAAACAAUUAGUUCCAUCCUGUUGUUUUUCUAACCUCUCCAAGAAAUAAGUGACAAGAACCAGAUCACCAAGAAAAUAAUUAGGAGAAGACUUUAUUGACUCUUUGUUAUCAGGGAGUGUGAAACCACAGGAUGAAGCCACAAGAAGAAAUACAGUAUAUUGACCUAAGCUACAGGAUGCCAUGCAGACAAGUCAGGGGUUAAAACCAAACAAAAGAGUUCCUGUAACAUCAAAACAAACAAUGAAUAAUGCAUAAACUCAUGAAUAUGUAUGUACCCCAGUAAUGUAACAGUAUCUAGAGAACAUUGUUCUAAAACUGACUGUGUGGUUUUUUCAGCCAGUAGCCAGAAACACCCCAGUGCUGGACAUUGUCCAUUUUUAUCCCCUUAUUAAAUCUUUUAAAAUUCUAAAAACUAAACUUUGUUUUUCACACCAGGCACCCCAAAUCCCACAGCAGCCUCACCUCGUGAGCCCCUAACUAACAGCACCCUGCAUCCCCCCAGCCCAGCACCUUUAGCCCUGCCCCACAAAGAAAUCAUCAAGGAACAUCCAUCCCAUGCCAUGUGCAGCACUUCUGAACAAUGUGAAGUGUCAGUAACGCAGAUUUUUUUUGCAAGUGCACGCUGAUGCUCUCAAACAGCCACCUGGGUUGAGGACUACAAGGAGAUAAGCCCUGGAUCUCCAUCAGGUUUCAGAUUUGGACACACACUGUUCACCUCUGGCCUCAUCUGGGGCAGUUCCUGGAGCUCAGGAUUUGGAGACUUUCAGAGCCAGCUGAGGGAGGGAGAAAACCUCACUUCUGUUCAAGUUCCUCUGUAGAUAAUUUACCCUUUUUAUGGGAGCUGCCCUCUAGAACAAUUUUAAAAUAUCCUUGUUCCUCUGGUGUUCCCAAUAAUGCUCUGAAGGUGGCAGUGCAUAAUGCAUUUCUCUGGUAUUUCACUAGACUGAGAUUUCUGUGCUUCACAAGAUUUGGCUGUUUUGUCACUGUAUAUCUGUAUUUUCCCAGAUUACUGUGGCAGUUUUCCUUUAAAAUUUUUCAUUAUAAUAAUGGACAUGAUAGCAUUUUAUCUUUACAGUCUUACACACUGUGGGCUAUCUAGUUCUUUCAAUUGACUUUUUCCUGGUCUUGCUUUUUUUACAUUUCUUAUACCUUUAUUCUGCUUCAUUUGGAAACAAAUCACUUGGAACUCAUAUAAGUCCUCAAUCUCUAGUGUGUGCUUUUUUUUUUUUUCUUUCUUUUUUUUUUUUAAUGUUUCAACUUUCCAGGAAAAAUGUUUCCAGAACCCUGAAUGAAUUAAACAAACAACACAUCAUGUUCCAUAAAAGGAACAAACUGGCUCAGCUGCUGAUAGGGAACUGCUCAUUUGUUUAUUAAAGCUGAUGCUUUAAAAGUAAGAGAAGAUAGCUGGGGCUUUAGGAAUGAUGGAAAAUUGGAUUUCCUCUCUGUUGCUGCAGGUGGCCUGGCAUGACUCAAUGUUUUUACAUUCACUUGCAGAAACUGAUUUACAUUACAGGACACUGUGGCCAUUUUGCAUUGAAAAGCAGAUAUUUACUCCUGUCUGUCACCCAUGGCUGUUUUAGCUAGAAAUGCAUGCAGUGUUUCACACGUUGACACAUUAUAGAAUUGUGUGGUUUGGAAAUCUUAAACCGUGGGCUCUUUGGCAGGCAACCUCAGCUUUCAGUUUCAGCUCUGUGUGCUGCACUGACUCCCUGUUGGAACCCUGGGCUCUGAGAAUUCCAGAUUUUCUGUGCUGCCAGGCACUGACCCCCAAGCAAACACUGCAUUGACCUGAGGCUGUGGAGAAGGCUCCCAAAAUUGAGUGAGAGCACUGGGAUUGUGGGUGUGGAGUUUGAAAAGAAGUGUGUAACAUCACAGGGUGGAAAACUAAGGUUUUAGAAUAUAGUAAUAUAUAUAAAGCAAGGUGGGGGUUUAGGGUGGAGGCUGAGUCCUUCUUUUUCACCUUCUUCAUGGGUCUGGGUGGUAUUUUGUAAUUGGGUAGAAAAGUCUGCAUUGCAGGCCAUGGGUGGUUGGGUAUUGGGUUAAAAGUAAAAAUAACUUAGGUGUCAUUUCUUAAUUGGACAGUUUGUACUUAAAAGGCCUUGUAGAUAGGGAGAUACGGCUCCAUUUUUAGUUUGUUAGCUUGAAUUGCUGUAGAACUCACGGGUUUUGGGACUGUACUAUAGAUAAGAAUUAAUAAACAUCUGAGUCCAAACACGAAAUAAAGUCUCGAGCAUUUAAUCCCAGCUCCGGCAAAAAGAAGAUAAAAAAGCAACAACUCCCCAGCCAGCCUGCUCAGAGACCUUUCGCUGACACAUUCAUACAUCACUCCUGUUGCUGAACAGGGAUUAUUCCAAGAGGCAACUUCUUUGUGCUUGGUUUUGAAGGCCUAUUAUGGCAUUUACACAAAUAUUUUGAUGUGUAAAAUCACUUGGAGACAAAGCACAAGAAACUGAGACAUCAUCAGCAACUGGAAGGGAACACGAGGCAGAAGCAGAGGUGUUUCUUUGUACAGGUGGAUUGAUACUGUGCUGAGCUUUUCUGUGCCUGCCCAGCCUGCUGGGGUGGAUAGCUCAGGCAUGCAGAUCACACUGGGCAGGCUAAAUUUACUCUGGCAGUGCCUCUGUCACCAGGCCAUACAUAGCCACCCUCAUUCAGGGCAAGCAGCUCCACAAAUGCUCUGGGAAAGUGCUAAAGGAUCUGAAUUAAACCCUUCAUGCAAAGGUUUGCAAAAAUACAAUAGAAUGCUCUGUCUGUAUCUGGAGUCCUCAUAGCCAUGCCAUGGGUAUCCUUUCUGUACUUGCUCUACCAUUGCUUCUCUUAGGGAUCAGUGGAAUUAUUUAUAUUUACCAGUCAGUCAGGUGGCUGCUGUCCAAGUCAGCGGUGCAGAACAAGGUAGUGGUGAUCACGGAUGCCAUCUCUGGACUAGGCAAGGAAUGUUCUCGUGUGUUUCAUGCAGGAGGAGCAAGGCUUGUGUUGUGUGGCAGGACAUGGGAAAAGUUGGAAGCUUUGUAUGAUGCCUUAAUUAGUGUGACAGACCCCAGCACGACAUAUGCACCAAAGCUGAUACUUCUGGACAUCACAGACAUCAGCUGCAUUCGAGAUGUAGCCAAGGAAAUCCUGAACUGCUAUGGCUGUGUGGAUAUCCUGAUCAACAAUGCCAGUAUGAAGGUGAAGGGAGCAGUGCAGAGCAUUUCACUGGAACUUGAUAAAAAGAUAAUGGAUGCCAACUAUUUUGGACCUAUAACAUUAACCAAAGCCAUUCUUCCUAACAUGAUCUCAAGAAGAACUGGCCAAAUUGUUCUCAUUAAUAGCAUCCAAGGGAAAAUAGGAAUUCCAUUUCGUGCAGCUUAUGCUGCUUCCAAACAUGCUGCUGUAGGCUUCUUUGAUUGUCUUAGAGCUGAAAUGGAAGAAUUUGAUAUUUCUGUCAGCACUGUGAGUCCAACCUUCAUCUGCUCAUACCAUCGCCAGCCAGCACCAGGCAACUGGGAGGCAUCUAUUUGGAAAUUCUUUUUCAGGAAGGUGUCCUACGGUGUGCACCCUGUGGAGGUGGCAGAGGAGGUCCUGGCCACAGUGAGCAGGAAGAAGCAGGAGGUGCUCAUGGCCAACCCCAUCCCCAGAGCAGCAGUGUACAUCAGGACAUUCUUCCCCGAGCUGUUUUUUGCCAUUGUUGCCUCAGGGAUUAGGGAAAAGCUGAAGACAGAAGAGGAAAAUUGAUUUUGUUCUUUUUUUUUCCUUGCUUUUGACCUGGGAAAAAAAAAAGGUUUCUGUUUUGAAUAUCAGUGACUGGUGCUGUUUGCUAUGUGUAGAAUAACACUACAUCACUGACACACACACUCAUUUAUAAAGCUUCUACUCUUCUGUUUUAGGGAUUAUGACCACGUGCCAUUGGAACCAAACAAAUCCCAUUGCUCAUUUAACUUCCAGCACCAGCUCACUUACAUACCUCACUCAUCAGCAGAAUCACCAAACAUGAAUUCUGAGGGCAAAGGCAUGUGUGUCAUCUUGCAGGGACAGGAACCUUCUCCUGUGUCUCUCACUGAGUUGCUUUGGCUUCAAGAAAUCUGACUCAGGGAGGUGUUCACCCCUGGGAUGAGGGGGUCAGUUCCUGCAGCACCUCUGGGGCUCCAUCUGGUUUCUGUUGUGGCACUGGGGUUUUGUUGUAGUGUAAGUGCCUUAACUGGGAAGUCAAACCAUCACUUGUUCAAAAUGUUCUCUGUCCUCAGCAGAAUUCUGUUCCUUCAAACCUCAGCAGAGCUGUACUCCUUCAGAAAAAUCACAGCACUUGCUGUGAUCUCAGCUGUGUUUGUUUCUGUACCUCAGCAACAGCCAAGCCCUCCACAUUUCCAUAAGAGCAAGAUGUAGAAUAAGCAUAAUUUAAUCAGAAAAGGAUCAGGCAAACAGGACAUCCCAGCUAAACAUUAGUUAAUGUUGUUUGUGUCUGCCCCUGGAUCCCUGGAAGUGUCCAAGGCCAGGCUGGACAGGGCUUGGAGCACCCUGGGACAGUGGAAAUUGUCCCUGCCCAUGGCAGGGGCUUGGAAUGACUUAGAUGCUCUUUAAGGUCCCUUCCAACCCAAACUAUUCUGUGACUUCUAUGAUUUCUAUUAUUGUCCUUCUUUGCUGUAAAAACAAGUGGGUUAUAUGUUAAAAUAAGCUGAAAAUUCCUUCUGCUUCAUUUUGCGCUUUCUAGAGAUCAGCAGAAAUUCCUCACACAAUUUCACUUCAAAACAGUGAGCAUCCAAGGAGCUAAAGCAGAAGGCAGUGAGAGUGAAAGAGGUAAAACAACACCUGUGUCCUAUCAAGAAAGCUUUAAAAAACAGAUGGAUUUCUAUCUAGAAAGCAGAAGAAAGUUGUAUCUUAAUGAUUUUCAAAUUCCUAAAAGGCAGAGAAGGUAGGACUGAACUGUUCCCCAUUUCUGCUGGAGCAGGACAAUGUGCUAAAAUUACUGCAAGGGAGAUUUACAGGGACAGCACUUCCUACUAAGAAUAGUUAAGCACAAAGGAUAAAUUGCCACAGAAAUUUUCAAAUGCCUGUCUUCGGAAGCUUUAGAGAAGAGAUUAAUGAAACAUCUGUAAAAAAGCAAUGUAGCUUUAGUUUAUCCUGCCUAGAAUAAAGGAAGGAUUAGAUGACCUUUUAAAUGGGUCACACUUUUCUCUAAUUCAGUGGCUUUUUCUCAUCUUGAAGAUGAGGUUUCUUCACUGCUAUUUCAGCUGCAAUAUUUUUUCCCUCUGGGGAAAUCUGUUAUUUAAUCUGAAGUUUUGUAUUUCAUUUGUUGAUCUCUGCUUCACUCACCUGUGGAUAUGUGUUGCACACAAAAAUAUUAUGAUAAGAAAAAGAAAUAUUAAGAUGAGUUCAGGAGAGCAGGAAUUGCAUGCCAGAGGUGCCUAUGUCUCUCAUUACCUUCCAGUGCUAACCUGGACUGCUGGAGAUCUGUGUACUUGUGCCACAGGUCUCUGAGAUUUACUGAGAUGCCAUAUUCAUCAAAAUUGACUUGAUCUAAUGAAUCAGAAUAAGAAUGCUGCUGGUGUUUUUCCUCUGCUUUCAAAUAAUGUGGUCUCAGGACUUACUGGGUGUCAAAAGUUAAAAUAAGGGCCGGAAUAUGAAAUUGUGGCUUACAAGUAGGGAUAAGGAAUCUUGCAUUUUAUCAGGUGAGUUUAUUUACCAGCUGUCCAACAGAAGACAUACAGCUUCUUGAAUGGACUUGUAGGCAUCAACCAAGUAUGGUCCUGGAUGAGGCGGAAAUUCUUCUGUGACACCCAGGAACAACAUGAGAUGGGUAAAGAUCUAUUGUAAAAAGAGCUAGGGUUGACCAAAAGCAGAAAGUCAGAUGGAAUCAGGAAUGAUUCCUCUGUCAGUGAAGGUGUUAGAAAUAUAUCCAUCACAAAGAAAUGAGUGAAACAAGGGAAAGGAAUCAAGAUCUUGUGUUUUGGUCAAGGGAUUGAGACUGCUCCUAACAGAGUGGGCACCAAACUCUCCAGCAACUGCUUUGUUCCCCUGCUGAACUGAAGGUGGCAGUUUCAGAGCACCGGCAAGGAUAAAGACAAAAUUUUCUAAAGAUUAAAGAGAAAAUCUUACUGCUAUCUGCAGCCACCUAGUAGGACGGUGUAGGGAAUAUGGAGCCAGAUUCUUCUCAAAUAUGAACAGCAGAAGGAAAAAAGGUAAUGGACAUGAACAUAAGACAUUCUGAUUUGAUAUUAGGAAACAGUUUUUAUACAAUUGCAGCAGUGAACAUUGGGACGGGUUGCCAAUGGGGAAAGGAAACCUCACUUCUUGAAUAUAUUCAAUACACACACAAAAACUCUCCUUCAGUGGUUUUAUUCUGGCUUAAUGAUGCUUCUCUGUUAUCAGCACCACCUUAUCACUGGCCAUAACCUGACCUGUUACGGAUCCUGCUGGCAAAACGAGCUCAAACUGUAUUUAUUGCCUGAAUAAAGAUACACAGGGAUUUUUCCAAAGCCCAGAGCUGCUCAGGACACUGGGCAAGACCUCUGCCACCCAGAGUUCACCAGUGUGUUUCCCAAGGGGCUCAAUAACAGGAGUAUUCACCCAACAAUGAAGAAAAGCUGGUGUCCAACAGAGCAGGCACAUGGCUCAGUUCCAUGAGGAAGCUCCAUGUUGAUCCUCAGAGUGGAUCCUCAUGUUUCUCAUCUGUGAUGAUUGCAAUCAUUUCCACCUCCCCAUCUUUAAUGUGAUUAUAUAGAUUCUUCAUGUAUAAAUGUAUAAAUCAAAUUUUGGUUCUUUCCGACUCUGUUGCCAGAAUGAUUCCUGCAGAAUUCCAUAGGUGCUGUAUUUUUCAGAUUUCACAACCACGUGUUUUCAGAUUUCAGUUUGCCUUCUCAUGAAUCUUCCAGAUUUCAGUUCGCCUUCUUAUUUUAAGGAAGUGUCUACACUGAAAGCCUGUUCCCUUUGCCAGCCUUCCUUUCACAGCAAAUCCACUGUGCUUAUAGUGAAACUCUUGAACUGAGGUCCACAGAUAUUCUUGGAAAGACUUUAUCUUUCAUAACAAAAACUUAUUCAAACCAUGCACCACGUGCCUUACUUGCUGCCCCUCUUUGGGGUUUUGGUUUUAGGAUGGGAUUUUUUGCAGUCUUUUAAUAAAGGAUCAGGGUGGAGCGAUGCUCC